GGAUAAUAUUCCAACCAUGAAGUGUCCUAAGUGCCAAAGUAGCAACAUCACUACUGAUGAAGAACAAGGAGAAGCAGUCUGCGAAUGCGGAAAUGUCAUUGAAAGAGGAGGUAUCGUCAACAACGUCGAGUUUAACAACGUUGGAAAUCGUAGCAAGGUGUAUGGCUCCUUCUUUGAUAAAAAUGCACCCAAUAAUGGGAUGUUUGCAGGAAAUAACAAUUUGUUAAGCGAAUCUGGUCAAAUGAGGUUAUAUAAAGCUUAUAAGUUGAUUGAACAAAUUGGAUCAAAAUUAUCAUUACCUCAAACCUUGGCAGAAUCUGCUAAGAAAUUAUACAAAAUUGCUAAACUUGAGUUCGAUAAAAACUUUGUUCAAGGUCGUCAGACAAAGCAUGUUGCAGCAGUUGUCCUCUAUAUCGUCUGCAGACUUGAGCAGAAGCCUCAUCUAUUAAUCGAUUUUGCUGAUGCUCUGCAGACAAGCUUGUACUCACUUGGAAGUACAUAUUUGAAGCUGAUCAAGAAGAUCAAAAAUAAUAUGAACAAGCUAGAUCUUCCUCUGAUAGAUCCAUCAUUAUUCAUUCACAAAUUUUGUGCUAGGUUAGACUUUGAGGACAAAACCCAAACUGUGGCUACCACCGCUCUGAGAAUGCUGCAAUCAAUGAAGCGAGACUGGAUCAGCACAGGUAGGAGACCUGCAGGACUUUGUGGAGCUGCCAUUCUUAUCUCAGCAAGAUAUCACGGAUUUAGUAGGUCUACACAUCAGAUUGUAAAAGUUGUAAAAGUGUGUCAUGAAACCAUCCGAAAGAGGCUCCAAGAAUUUAAGAAAACUGGAGUCGCUCAGCUGACCAUGCAGGAAUUUGAAGCUAUCAAGGACUCAGAUAUGGCUGAAAACGAUAAGUAUGGUAUGGAUCCUCCAGCCUUCAUCAAAAGUCUCCUCCAGAAAAACAAAGCUCUGAAGUGUAUCAAAGAUGUUGAAUGUGAAGAAGUCAAAGAAGAGGAAACUGAAGCCACGAUUAAAAGAAAGAGAGAAGCUAAGGAAGAAAGUAAAGAAGAGGAAGAGCUCGAGUAUCAGACUCCAGUUAUUAAGGAAGAAAUUAAGCCAAAACCAAAGAAAGAGCGACCUGCUGAUCUCCCCGAUAACGAAUCCCUCCUUUCUAGUGACGACGAGGACAUCCACCAGUACCUCCUGAAUGAGGAUGAAAAGAAGGUGAAGUCGGUAGUAUGGCAUAAAAUGAAUGAAGAAUGGCUUAAAGAGCAGGAAAUGAAUCAAAAGAAGGCCAAAAAGGUUGAAAAUACCCCUACUAAGCCUUCUGUAGAGAAGAAGGUAAAGCCUAGAGCUAAGCCUAAUCAUCUAUUUGCUGAAACUCUGAAGACGAAGAACUUAAUUUAACAUUCAAAAUAAGUUUUCAAUAA